UCUUCCAACUGAGAAAAAUUUUCCCUCUUCUUUUGAAAAUUUUCGAAAAAUGGUUGCUGAAAUCGCUUCCCAAUGCGAUAUUCGAGCAUUGGUAUAUAACAUAAGCACGUUAACACUCACAAAAGCUCAAAAACGAUGGCGUUUAGCUUACUUCUCUAUACACUUCUCAAACACUAUGUUAUCCUUUGGAAAAGUUUCCAAGAAGCUAGCUCGUUACCCGAUUUCGGAGAUAGUAGCAUCUUCAUCAUACACCUCUCUUAAAAUCAACCCACCCGUUAUCAAUCCUGAUGACCAUAGUGAACGAUUUUCAAGCAUUGACCAGGUUGACCUUGCCAACGUGGUCAAAAGCAAAGAUCUUGAGCUCCUUCACACCUUUAACGGUGUCACGGGUUUAGCUAAAUCUCUUCACACCACUCUUGAUAAUGGCAUUAUCACACAAGAUAUUGAGGAAAGAAAGAUCACAUUUGGUUCCAAUACAUACCAAAAACCGCCCCUCAAAGGGCUCGUUUAUUUUAUGGUGGAAGCUUUUAAAGACACCACCAUAAUCAUACUGCUAGCAUGUGCCGUCCUUUCUUUAGGCUUUGGUAUCAAAGAGGAAGGAGCUAAAGAAGGGUGGUAUGAAGGUGGUAGCAUCUUUGUGGCAGUUAUUCUAGUUAUUAUUGUGUCGGCGGUUAGUAACUUCCGACAAGAAAAACAGUUUGAUAAUUUGUCGAAAAUUAGCAAUAAUAUAAAAAUAGAUGUUAUAAGAGAAGGAAGGAGGCAAAAGAUUUCUAUUUUCGAUGUCGUGGUGGGCGAUGUUGUAAUUCUUAACAUUGGUGAUCAAAUUCCGGCUGACGGGUUGUUCAUAGACGGGCAUUCUUUGCUAGUUGAUGAAUCGAGUAUGACGGGUGAGAGUGAUCAUAUAGAUAUUGAUGCCAUCAGGCAUCCGUUUUUAUUCUCGGGUUCAAAAGUGGCUGACGGGCAUGGUCAGAUGCUUGUGAUAUCAGUCGGGAUGAACACCGCAUGGGGCAAGAUGAUGAGCUCGAUAACCGGUGAUUCUGAUGAGCAAACACCACUACAAUCCCGUCUUAAUAAACUAACUUCCUCGAUCGGGAAAGUAGGCCUUGCGGUUGCUUUUCUUGUUCUUGUAGUUAUGUUAAUACGUUAUUUCACUGGGAACACGGAAGAUGAGGACGGGAACCGUGAGUAUAACGGGAAACGCACUAGUACAAACGAAAUACUUAACUCAGUGACACGGAUUUUUGCGGCGGCCGUAACGAUAGUCGUGGUGGCAAUCCCAGAAGGCCUGCCGUUAGCCGUCACACUCACGCUUGCUUACUCUAUGAAGAGAAUGAUGGCUGAUCAAGCCAUGGUUAGGAAGUUAUCUGCCUGUGAAACCAUGGGUUCCGCCACUGUUAUAUGCACCGAUAAAACCGGUACUUUAACCAUGAAUCAAAUGAAAGUCACAAAGUUUUGGCUUGGUUUUGAUCUCAUUGAAGAUGAUUCUUCCAAUGUAAUUGACCCCAAAGUCCUUGAGCAUUACCAUCAGGGAGUCGGCUUAAACACUACCGGUAGCGUUUACAAAUCCGUUUCAGGAGCCGAAACCACACCAGAAUAUUCAGGAAGUCCUACAGAAAAAGCAAUACUUUCAUGGGCUGUUACAAAUUUGGGUAUGGAUAUGGAAAAACUGAAAAAAGAUUCUACAAUUGUUCAUGUGGAAACCUUUAAUUCCGAGAAGAAACGAAGUGGUGUUUCGGUUAUGAACAAAAAAGAUAACACUAUACAUGUCCACUGGAAAGGAGCAGCUGAGAUGGUACUAGCAAUGUGUUCAAAUUAUUAUCAGAAGAGCGGGAUGAAAAAGCCGAUAAACCAUGAAGAGAAGACACAGUUUGAGAAUAUAAUUCAAGGGAUGGCUGCAAGUAGCCUCAGGUGCAUUGCCUUUGCCCAUAAGGAAGAUGAUACACUAAGUGAAGAAGGGUUGACUUUGCUCGGUAUAAUCGGGAUCAAGGACCCGUGUAGACCAGGGGCAAAACUGGCAAUCGAUGCAUGCAGGUCUGCAGGGGUCGAGAUUAAGAUGAUAACCGGAGACAAUGUUUUCACAGCAAAAGCCAUAGCCACAGAAUGUGGGAUACUUAAACCCGGUCAACAAGUCAACAAAGAAGAAGUAAUAGAAGGUGAACAAUUUCGUAAUUUCACAGACGAUGAGAGAAUGGAAAAGGUUGAAAACAUCAAAGUAAUGGCAAGAUCAUCUCCAUUUGACAAGCUCUUAAUGGUUCAGUGUUUAAAAAAGAAAGGUCAUGUGGUUGCGGUCACAGGUGACGGUACAAACGAUGCACCGGCUCUAAAAGAAGCAGACAUUGGACUUUCAAUGGGGAUUCAAGGGACCGAAGUAGCUAAGGAAAGCUCAGACAUUGUCAUUUUAGAUGACGAUUUCGGUUCUGUUGCCACUGUGUUAAGGUGGGGUCGAUGUGUGUACAACAACAUCCAAAAGUUCAUUCAGUUUCAACUUACAGUAAAUGUUGCAGCUCUUGUAAUCAACUUCGUUGCAGCUGUUUCUGCUGGUGACGUUCCCUUAACCGCGGUUCAACUAUUGUGGGUUAACCUAAUUAUGGACACUUUAGGUGCUUUGGCACUUGCUACUGAACGGCCCACUAACGAACUCAUGGAUCAUCCGCCAGUGGGGCGAGUUGCACCGCUUAUAACAAAUGUUAUGUGGAGGAACCUAUUGGCACAAUCUAUGUACCAGAUAACAGUUCUUUUGACUUUUCAGUUCAGAGGUAAAUCAAUAUUUAACGUAGACGAGAGGGUGAAGAAUACUAUUAUCUUCAAUACAUUUGUUUUCUGCCAAGUGUUCAAUGAAUUCAACUCAAGGAAACUGGAGAAGCAGAAUGUGUUUGAAGGUCUUCACAAGAAUCGGUUAUUUAUGGGGAUUAUUGGGGUGACAGUUAUUCUUCAGAUUGUGAUGGUGGAGGUCCUAAAGGAUUUUGCAGAUACAGAGAAAUUGAAUUGGGGACAAUGGGGAAUUUGUAUAGCAAUUGCAGCGUUAUCAUGGCCCAUUGGUUGGAUUGUGAAGUUGAUACCAGUACCAGAUAGACCAUUUCUAAGCUAUAUUAGAGCGUGAAUUUAGUUGUGUGUGUGUGUGGGGGGGGGGGGGGGGGGGUGUUUGUUUAAGUUGUCAUUCUUUAUAAGUUUAGAAAUAUAUCUUAUUUUUUAAAUUGAUUCAUCCUAGGCAUUAGGUAUUAUGUAAUUGUUUGGUGUUAACUCAUUAUUUAUCAAAAUUAAUGUUACUUUCUGUAAUAUAUAAAUACACAGACUAUAUUAAUCACUCUUGCAUAGAUUAGUUUAGUGUAAAAAAUAAAAAUCCUGGUCCAUCACUGGCUAUAUAAAAGAACGGGUUCAUAACAGAAGUGACGUGAAAGGCAGCAAAACUACUUAUUUGUGGCCUGUCAAUUGAUUAUUUAACUCUCUUUACAGAAAAAAAAAAAAAAAAAAAAAAAAAAAAAAAAAAAAA